AUGCCAUCUCUACUUGAGCUCAUUCAGAAAGAACCCGAGUUUCAUGUGUCAACAGCCAAAGAGUACGACGCGACACUAAGGGACGGAGAAGUACCUCCGACAAUAGCAUGCAGUCACGAAGGGAGAAGGCCUGGAAAAUACGAUGAAAGCCGUCACUUUCCAGCCUAUAGUACAGAUUCCCAGCAGCGUAUCAUCGAAAUUCUUCCGCGACCUUGGGAUAUUCUUGGGUCUGUUGCUUUAGACGAGAUGGCCAAGCUUAUGCCUGAGUCACAGCGGAUCAAGGACUUUUACGCGGCUGUCGAUGAAGAUGUCGAAUCGCCAAAACGAUAUUGCUAUUCUGGGACAGCAUGUGCAAUUCAGUUGCUCAAGGAACUUCGUUCAGAGCACCGGUUAAACCUCCGAAAGAUCGUGAUUGACGAACGAUACCUUAGCGUAUGCGCCAUGGAGUCGCAUGCAAAUGGACUCAUUCCUUAUUGCAACGAGAAUCCGAAGCUCUGCAUAGAAGUCAAGGUGGACGUGUGGCAUGUGCUCCUACAGAAAACUUGGUAUGACGGGCGUCUAUUUGCAUACUCGGUGAUCGUAGGAGUAGCGAGGUGGCUCAGCGAGGCAUCCUCACUCUUGGCCCAGGGCAUGCCACAAGGUCAAUAUACCCUAUUGUUGGGAGGAGCAGAACCAGAGCUCUUGGAACCACUAUGGAACGCGAUCAAGAGAGCUGCCGCGAUAUAUGAAGGGACUCAAAAUAUUGAGGAAGUGCAUUUGGACCUAUUUAGCAGGUUUCCUACGGACUUCCACGUGUUAGUGAGACAGAGUUUCGAUGGAGGGCUCCCACUGCGAUUUGAUGCGCCUUUGGGCGAACCCUGGGAUCCGACGCAAGUGAUGCACGAGCUGGAGCAUUUAAUUCCUGACGCGAUUGACUGGCAUAAUAUGAUCGACCUCUCGGCCCUGGAGCGGCACGCGCACAUCUUAGAUGCCAUCCGGAAGGAAUACUACACUGUUAGCUAG